GAGAAAAACAUGGCGGCGACGUCUGGGAACGCUUCAUUGAAAAACUGGCCAAAUACUGCGGAGAAUUAUGAACUUCAAGAAGUCAUAGGAUAUGGAGCGACUGCUGUUGUGCAGGCAGCGUUAUGCAUACCACGAAGUGAGAGAGUGGCUGUUAAAAGAAUUGACUUAGAAUUAUGUGGGGCGAGUAUCGAUGAGAUGCAGAAAGAGAUUGGUGCUAUGUGUCAAUGCAACCAUGAAAAUGUUGUCAAUUAUUACACUUCAUUUAUUGUGAAACAAGAACUCUGGAUAGUCAUGCGUUUACUGGAUGGAGGUUCCAUGUUGGAUGUUAUCAGAUAUCAGAUAAAGUUAGGUAAAGGGCAAGGAGGGGUACUUGAUGAGGUUAUCAUUGCGACAGUGUUAAAAGAAGUUCUUAAAGGAUUGGACUAUUUUCACAGUAAUGGAUUAAUUCACAGGGAUAUUAAAGCUGGCAAUAUUCUUCUCGGAACUGAUGGAACAGUUCAAGUUGCAGAUUUUGGAGUGAGUUCUGCUUUAUAUUCCUAUGGUGAUAGAACAAGACCUGAGAAAAGAACGACGUUUGUUGGUACGCCAUGUUGGAUGGCGCCUGAAGUCAUGGAGCAGGUAACUGCGUAUAAUAAUAAAGCUGAUAUCUGGAGCUUCGGAAUCACGGCGAUGGAACUGGCGACGGGAACUGCACCAUAUGCGAAGUUUCCAGCAAUGAAGGUUCUCAUGUUAACGCUACAAAAUGAUCCACCGACAUUGGAAACGAUCUCUGACAGCAAAAACGAUGACUAUAGAAAAUAUACCAAACCAUUUCGACGGAUGAUCAGUCUGUGCCUUCAAAAGGAACCUGAAAAUAGGCCUGACGCUUCUGAACUUCUGAAGAAUGCUUUCUUUAAGAAAGCCCGGGGUAAAGAGUUUCUGAAGGAAACACUACUUCCACUUGCACCACCACUUGGUGAACGAUCUCAAAAGGUAAAGAGAGUGCCAGGUUCAAGUGGUCGUCUUCGUAAAAAUACCCACGGCUCCUGGGAAUGGUCAGACGAAGAGACAGAAGAACGACCAAAAACUCUGAAAGAACGGAAGACUGAAGUGCCUGAUAAUGAAAAAACCCAACCAUCUGCGUCAGCAGCACCUGUUGAAAAGAAAGACGCCCCAACACCCUCUCCACCUAAAAGUCCUACGAAACCACCAAGUGAGGAGACUGCAACUGUUCCCCCAACAACUGCUGAGACAGGUGACUCACAACCAGCGCUAAAUCUUACUUUACGUUUAAGAAAUAUAAAAAAUGAACUCAACGAUAUUCGGUUUGAUUUUAAACACGGCGAAGAUACUCCACAAGGCGUUGCACAGGAAUUAGUGAGCGCUGGACUUAUUGAUGGUGUGGAUACGAUACUUGUCGCUGCAAAUUUAGAAAAGGCGCUCCUAAAUCCGUCUGCAUACCGUCAUCCAGCAUUCAUGGUGUUUCAACUGAAUUCUCCAAUUCCAACUGGUCAAACUAAAGACGAGAAAACAUUAAUCGGGUUUGCGCAAUUAACUAUCAAUUAGAAUUGAAUAAAAUGGUAAUUUUGUAUGAAAAUUUGUACAUUUGAAUCAUCAUUAGUGGUAAUGAAAUGUAUAUUUGAGACGAUUUGCUUAAACUAUAGGUAAACGUGAUAAAUUUUUGAAAUUGUUUGUAUAUGCCGGGCGGUAUGGAAUGCAGGAAAUAAGAGGUUCCCUCUUCAAUGUUGAAUAUUUAUAAGUAGUAAAGGAGCAGUUAAAUAAAAUUCUUAUUCCCAUUUCCUACUCUAUUAAACUACGCAAGCAUACUCUCAAUCGGAAAUGUUUAUAAAACUGAGGAACUCUGGAAGGUUGGAAACGGUUUUUUGAUGG